AUGAUGAUGAUGAAGUCCCUCCUCCUGCAGGCCAUGGCCGUCCUGGCAACUCAGCCCUUCCUCGCCCGAGCCCAAGAAGACGAAGGUGGAAUCACAGAUUCACCCGAGGACUACAACAACGUAUGUCUGGGUCGCGCCGACAAAUACAUGUGCAACCUUGACUACACCACCAUAAUCGAGUGCCGCAACCAGGAAACCGUCCUCAUCUUCGACUGCGCCCCGUCGGGCUUGGUGUGCAGUAUGCUCGUCGACACCCAUCACCCCCCCUAUUGCGUCGCUGCUCCAGCUUAG